AAAGAAUUGAGCAAUUGUAUCCAUAGAAUUGAAGAGGUAACUAAAAAAGUUGCAGACCACCCAGUAGGCCUGAAGUGCCCAUUUGUGCUUCCCAAACUGCUCUGUAGACUGGUUGCAUCCCCAGCCCUCAUCUGCAAGAUAGACUAGAAGAAGCUUUGGAUCCAGAUGAAGAGCGACGAAUCCGUGUCAGGAGACAGGAGCAAGCUGUUCGUUGUGCCCGGAUGCUCUACGUCCUUCAGCAGCAGGUAAAAGAAAUCCAGGAAGAAUUAGAUAAAUUGAGUCCACAUAAAAUUAAACACACCAAGAAGUCAUGGGCARUGUCUAGGCUGGCUGCUGCCCAUCGAGGAGCCAUUCGGGCCUUACAGAUGUUUGUUACUCAGUUUACCGACAGAGGGGAGCACCCAGUUUCUGCCCAGUGUAAGGAACUGGGCAGCCUUAUUCGCCAGCUUUCACUGUGUUCUGCCAAGCUGGAUGCAGAUCCUUCUGUUCCUGAUGUGGUUAUAGAUAUCCUGCAACAAAUUGAGGCUUUGGAAUCUCUCCUGGAAAAGAAACUAUCUCCAAAAAAGGUGAAGAAAUGUUUCAGUGAAAAUCGGAAAUAUCCUAUUAGUAACCAGAGGACAUUAGGGAAAUGGCCAGAUGCAUUGCCAAAGGGUGAAAGGAGACCCUUUGUAUCAAAAGAGACAUUGCCACAGGAUACAAUUCGACCUUCAGUGGCAAAGAAGCUUCUUUCUGAUAAGAAUCAGCCAAAUGCAGAGUUUCCAGCGACCCAGAGGUUGGAGAGGGAGCUUGAGGUGUUARAUGUGGAUAUCCUUCCGGAAGAAGUCCCAUUAAUUCCAGACCAAAAUGCAAGCUUCAAAGAUGAGGCAUUGACCCUAGCAAAAACAGGAGUGGUGAAAACAAAGCCUGUGACUGAGAGUGUGCCAUUUAGGAAAAAAGAUACUCUGGAGCCGGCAAGACCACAGCAAGGACUCCACAAAGCUGAAAGAAAUAGACCCAGCCACCCUCCCAGCAAAAGCAGGGUGCAGCAGACAACAGUUUCAUCCAGAUUAAAAAUGAACCAACAGCCUGUGAAAAGCCACAGGGUUCCCUGGAUACCUGCGAACCCUACAUCCCCACCAGCAUCCCCUAAGUGUGCUGCAUGGCUACGGGUGAAAUCUAGCCCCACAGAUGCUGCAAAAGAACAGUCUUUCCAGCAAGAAGAUACUCAAGAGGGAAGUCAGUUGAGUGUUGUCAAGCACGAAUCAAAUAGGAUUGCUUGGCUUGAUGCUGAGUCUUCCAAAAGAUUGAAGGAACUUGAAGAAUUAAAAGCCAAAGAAAUGGAUCAAAUGCAAAAACAGAGGCUCGACUGGCUUGAUGCUGAAACUUCUAGGAGAACAAAGGAACUGAAUGAACUGAAAACUGAAGAAAUGGAUCGACUCCAAAAAUUAAGCAUUUCUGCCAGCCAGUUAGCGGACAAGGUAGAGGAGGCAGUUCUGGAACGUUUGAAACCCCUCUUGGUCAAGGCCCAGAGAGUUAAUUCUUCUACGGAAGCAAAUACUCAUUUGAAGGAUCGUCCAUCAUUUAACAACGCAGCAGCCCAGCCUGCAGAGCAGGCUACAGCUGUUAAUUCUGAAUCCAUCAAUAUUCAUCAAUUGGAUUACUUUUUGGAAGAUACUUCUCAUGAGCUCUGGGCUAUGACUCAUGCUAAGAUAUUUGGUUCAGAAACCUCACCCACCUUGAGGGACAGCAAGGACAUCCCAAAUCUGGAGAUCAUGAUGCUCCGAAUGGAGGAAAUGGAAAAAUACCAGGAGACGGUUCGCCAAAGAUAUAAUAAAAUUGUAUAUGCCGAACCUCAUUUAUGGAUUCAGGAAGUAGGAAAUGAUCAGAAAAUCCCAACAGUAAGUGAAAGUCCUCUGUCUCCCCAUCCAAUCAGAAUCACAAAGACAGCAGCUCGCAAGGAUCCAGCUGUGAACAUCGUGUUAGAAAAGCCCUGCAAUGGCAAUUCCUUGGAUGAAAGUGUGGGAACAGAGGAGAGAUCAGAGAAAAGAGAGGCUUCCCUUCCCUCUCUUGCAGAAGAUUCCCAACAGAGAGAAGGCCAGACUCCCCUCUUUGUCCCACCUGGUAUGCGACAUAGCAUUGGCGACUACUGUAGCCGUUUUGAACAGUACCUCCGAAUCAUAGCUCAUGAGGCCGUAGGCUCCUUCAAUCCAUGGCUGAUAGCUGAAAGCUUUUCAGAAGAGCUGGUAGAUGAAGCUCUGGGGGCCGUGGCUGCAGAACUUCAGGAUGUGUGUGAAGACUAUGCAGAGGCCGUGUUCACCUCGGAAUUCCUAGAGGCUGCUCCAUAAAGGUUCCCAAGGCGAGGCCCCCCUGUGCCACACUGGAGAAGAAAGGGCACCACGCUGUGUUUUAGGCUACAAGAAACCUUUAUCCUCAGCUGUACAUCCAGGCACAGAAGGUGCUGCCCACCGCAGGGAAGGAGAUGCCAGUGAGCUCAGCCUCACUUCACAUUCUCUCAUUGUCAUAGCAAURGUUCUAGAAGUUUAUGAUGGAACGUGUUAAAUUUAUCAGUGCUCAGGAAACAUGAAUUAUGACAAUAUAAUAUUUUCAGAAUGUAUAAUUUUCCUGUGGAGGUAUUAUGUUCAUUCUUCUGGCUCAGUUUGGUGAUCACAAUGUUUUGAAAGGUAAUGGAUAAAUAAAUAUGAUUCAGGCAGGGAUUCAAGCUACUGUUGAACCCCCAGGUGGCAUCAGCAUUGAGGCCGAGUCCCAGCACCUGGCUCAUGUUUUUCAUUUUUGGCUGUACCCUGACAGGACACCUGUCCUUCCUGGGUCACAGACUGAUGUGGAACACAGAGUUAGGUUAUGCUGCCAAACCUCUGCGCUGGUGCAGCUAAAAAUAGGAAUCCGCCAGUGAAUAGGGAUAAACACACCUCUCUUUAAGGUUCAAUCCCUAGGUAAUUUUUUACAUUUUCAGUUCCUCAAAGUCUUUUUAUUGCUCUGUCUUGACACAUUCUGGUAUAAAAAGCUUUCUCUGAAUUCAGAGGAAGUUUGAGGAUAUCAGGAAAGGACUGGGUCUUCUCCCGGGAUUGGUAAAGGCGUGGAGCCCACUACCUCUGAGAAGGUCCGAACUCUCUCUGUGUCCACAUUGCAGAGGAGCCCUGUGUGGGAGGAGGGGACAGAGCUGGACAGCGUGAAGACUCUGGGUCUCCCCAGAGGAAGGAAGACGUGUAAGAAACCUAACAGCUUGGUCCUCCAGUGUCUCAGGUCGUGGUACCAAGGGAAAAGCCUCUUUUUUUUAGAAACUGAAUUCAGAAAAAGGAAAGGAGGUGCAUUAAAAAUAAGGCCACUGCCUAGAAAAAGUUUCCCUCAAUUAUUUGCCCGAGGCCUGGUGAAAGAAAUGUGAAGAACAAGUGGGGUGAGCCACACCCCAGGGAAUAAUGUGACUCUUGUUAUCACACACUCAGUGCUGUCAUCCAGGACUGUUUCUGAAGUGCAAGUCUUUCAGGUGGUGAUUUAAGCUGCUCAAUCACACUUAUUUGUGCAAAAUUGAUUUUCAUUUAAUGUUAACAUUUUCCUCAAUUUUAUGUAACUUCAGAAUGUAAAGAGCUUCAAGGGAAUUACAGGUCUGUAAUCUGGAGAGUUAAAUGUAUGCACUUGAAUGGAUGGGAGGACCUGUUAUUGGUAGUACGAAGUAAUUUGUGUAACAAUUUUUACUGUGCUGAUUUUUUAAAAAAAUAAACUCAGUAUUUUAAAGUAUGU